AUGCAGGCAUGGAAAAACCAAACAGAUGAGAAAUCAGGAGGAGACAAUGGAGGGCGUAAGGAAAACCGGAAAGGUGCGCCCAAGAAGAAAGUUCAGGGCAACGCCCACGUCCGCGUUGACCAAGAGGAAAUGCAGGAGAAGGCGGAGGCAGACCGAGGAGGAAGUGGCUGCAGCUGGUGCAUGGCAUGGGUCCAGUGCUCUUAUCCAACCUGUGAGAAGUGGAGGCGGCUUAGCAGUGACAUAGACCCAUCGGUUCUGUCUGAGGACUGGACAUGUAGCCAGAACCCAGAUCUCGAGCACAACAGCUGCAGCAUUCCAGAGGAAACAUGGUCAGGGUCUGAGAACGAGGUGGUCUAUGCUGUUUAUAUUCCUGGGUCAAUCGUGUGGGCCAAGCAGUAUGGAUACCCAUGGUGGCCUGGGAUUAUAGAGGCUGAUCCAGACAUUGGAGAGUACUUCCUGUUCUCUUCUCAGGCAGAUUCACUUCCUUGCAAGUACCAUGUGACCUUCUUGGGCAGCUCUGUGACCCGGGCUUGGAUCUCUGCCUCCAUGCUGAGGAACUUUGAGGAAUCUUAUGCGAAGGGAAAUGGUGUGGCCAAGCUAAAGAACAAAGGUGACAAGAGGGACUUUGAAGCUGCUGUGAAGAUGGCAAACGAAGCAGAGCAAUUAAGCAUUCAGGAGAGAAUAAGGAUAUUUGGAUUCUAUAGCCGAUUCAGCGGGAGAGAGUCACCUAAAAACAACAGAGACUUGAAAGAUCAUGUACACGUUACCUGUAAGCCCCCUGCCAAGAGGAUCCGAGAACCAAAGGGUGGGAAGAAAAAUGUAUCAGCAUCAAACAAGAGCCAAGAAAAGCUUCUGCCUGAGACACCAGUGAUGAAAUCUGAUGGAGAUUUCAAAAAGAAAUCCAACAUAAAAGGGGCAAAAAAAAGCAAGUCAUCAACUGAAGGUACCCCACUUUCAUCAAAGAAAAGCAGGAAAGAGAUGGCAGUCCCCAAAGCUGCUGCUGUUCCAAAAGGAUCUGUCCAAACGAAGGCACGUUGCGAUGCUCAAAAAGGUUCUAAGAGCUCGUUCGCUGCUCCAUGGUCUAAGAGUGCCACAGCUGAGCAGCUCAGCUCUUGCAGAUACGGCAGCAGCCCUCCCUUAACGCCCUCCAGUUAUCCAAGCAAGGAAGACAGUAUGAGCAAGGCUGAUGUCUCCCCAGUGGCAGAAAGUGAACUGAUGUUGAACAGGGGUGUUGUGGGCCUUGAGGAGUCAAGUGAAGCCGUGGCCCAGGAGAAAGAAGAUGAUGAAACCUUCAGCAGCCAGGAGAUGGCUGUCUUUGCUGAGGAGAAGAAUUACUCUUCUGAUGAAUUUUCAUUGGUCUUGUUUGAGGAGUAGCCUUUCAGAAAGGGGUGUGUGUAAAGGGUGGAUAAUUUCUUCAUCUAGAUAAGCCUUCCCCACCCAGCCUGGUGCCUUCUAGGUGUUGUGGACUACAACUCCCAUCAGCCCCAGACAGAAUAUCUGGAGGGCACCAGGUUGGGGACGGCUGCUAGAUCUUACUACAGAUAGUCGUGCGUUUGAGAGCACUGAUGGAAAGUAGACAUACUAAGCAUAGCAGAGGAUGCGGGGGAAAGGUUCUUGCAGCUUUGAUUCUUGAGUUUAAUCCACCUAGGAAGUUUGUGACAGCUUGUUUUUAAACAGGGCUGUGAAAAUCCCCCUUUCCCGUUCCUCGGUUAAACAGGCAACUGGAAUCACAGCUAUAAACAAGACAAGGAAAGUAAAUUCACCCUUUAAUAAAUCUGAUUGACUUGUUUAGAACUUAGUGCAAAAGAGAAACCAGGUGAAAUGGCCAUCAAAAUUUAGGAGUUGUUUUCCACCCAUUUGGAAGGUUACAAAAGAUCUUGUCUGUGUUUAAAGAUGUACAACAUUUCCCCCAGUUGUUUAUAAUUACAAUUCAGCAAAGCUCUAUUAAAAUCUGGUUUUGGAUCUAA